AUGCUCCCUCUCCUGCUCCUGUGCCUCCUGCCAGGCGCUGAUGGGAAGAGCUGCUUCCUCUGCUGGCCGGAGCUGCCUGCGCUCCUGGACUACGACCUGCAGAUUCUCUGGGGCAGCCCCGGCCCACCAAUAGAGCUCUCUCAAAGCCUGCAUUCCUUGUUGCUGGGGGAAGAUCAGUUGCUCAGGUCCUGGUAUCUCGAUCAAGAUCAUUUGGAAGAGGAAGCAGCCAGAUUAUUUAACCACAUCGACCAGGCCAUUAAGAAGCUCAGGGACGAUAAGCCUUCACUGCUGGAAGAGGUUCGUGUCCAAAAGAAUCUCUUCACUGAGAGGCUGAAUGAGAGAUCCGAAGGGCUGAAGCAGAGGGGUAAGAAGCGGGUCUCUCCCCACCCACUGCCCAGCCCUUCACCUGAUCUGCAGCGCCAGCCGCGCUUGCCCCAGGAAUACUGGCCUGCCCACACGCCAGACAUCCGUUCCACACUGGAGGUCACAGAUUGUACCAACUGCCAGACACGCUUCCUGUCCUGCCACGACCCCGCCAUCUGUCCAGGCAGGAAUAAUCAGACCUACAAAUGGGCUAUAAUCCUCAUCAGUUCUGUGAUGUUCCUGGCUGCAGCUGGCAUCAGUUGUUACUAUCUCUGGCUCCAGUGGAAGAAGAAAGCAGCCAAUGCUGUACUAGGGGACAGACCUUUGCAAGAUCCUCAAGAUACCAAGAUAGCAGCUGAGCACAUGGGGGUGACAGUAAGGCCCAAAAGCCCAGCUCUGACCCCCACAGUCUGA